AUGCUGGUCGGGGCCGUCUGUGCAGCAGCAUCCGGGGUGCCGUUUCCGCUCAUGGCGAUUCUGUUUGGCGAGCUGGUCAACGACCUGAACGGGGCGUCGUGCGCGGCCGAAGACAACGACAAUAACAACAACGCAGGAAACAGAGACGCGUACAUGUACGAAUCGACCAUCAACGACAAAGUGCUCAAGCUGGUAUACAUCUCGAUCGCGGCGCUGGUCUUGAUCUUCAUCUAUGUGGUGUGUUGGAGCGUGCUGAGCCAACGGCUGUCCCACCGUCUGCGCGAGCAGUACUUUGCCAGCCUGCUGCGGCAGGACCAGGCAUUCAUCGACCAGCACCAGGCCGGAGAAGUGUCGUCGCGCCUCAAUGCCGACAUCCAGGCCGUGCAGUCCGGCACGUGCGAGAAGGUCGGAAUCCUGAUCGCCAGCGUGUCCUUCUUCGUCGCCGCCUACGUCGUUGCCUUCAUCAAGCAGGCCAAACUGGCCGGCAUGCUGAUCUCCCUGGUGCCGGCCUUCUUGCUGUCCGCCAUCCUGGGCGGCCGCUUCUUCCAGAAGCACGCUAGUCGCAUGUCGGAUGCCGCCACCGCGGCCUCAUCCAUCGCCUCGGAGACGCUGUCGCACAUCGCGGUCGUCAAGGCCUUCGGCGCCGCCCCGCGGCUGGAGAAGAAGUUUGCCGAACACAUGACGGUCAGCCGCAACCAGGGAAUCCGGAAGGGCGCCGUGGCCGCCAUCCAGGCCGGGUUGCUGUAUUUCAUCGCCUAUGCCGCCAACGCCCUGGCCUUCUGGCAGGGCAGCCGCAUGGUGGCGGACUUGAUUUCCGGCAAGAGCAGUGGCUCCACCGUGGGAGAAGUCUAUACGGUCGUCUUCAUCCUUGUUGACGCAUGUGUCAUUCUGGGGUCGACCGCACCGUUGCUCCCUCUGUUCGGCGGCGCGGCAACCGCCUUUGAGAAAUUGAAACACGACAUUGACCGUAAGUCGCUCCUCGACGGCACCUUGGACCACGGCGAAUCCCUUCCUCCCGACACACCUGGCGCCAUUGAGUUUCGCAACGUCUCGUUCGCCUAUCCGUCCCGGCCCAACGAGACGGUGCUCAAGAACGUCGACCUCCUCUUCCCCGCUGGAAAGCAUACGGCCAUCGUAGGGCCCUCUGGCAGUGGUAAGUCCACCAUUGCGGCCCUGAUUUCACGGCUCUACGACCCAAGCCACGGGAGCGUUCUGUUCGACGACCGUCUCGUCUCCGAUCUCAACAUUCGAAACCUGAGAGGGUUCAGCAGCCUCGUGCAACAAGAACCCUUGCUGCUGAGUCGCUCCGUCCUACAAAAUAUCGCCCUGGGCCUCAUCAAUUCUUCGGUCCCGUCGCAUCAAGCGCUCAAGGAGGAGCUGGUCGGGCCAACACUGGCCGCGCUCACAAGUGAGACCGCCGACUACACGAACAUUGCUCAGACUCACGGGCCUCUCGUGGCUGAGGUGGUGCGUCUGGUGCAGCAGGCGGCACUCCUGGCCGACGCAGACAGCUUCAUCCAGCGCCUCCACCGAGGCUACAGCACCCUGGUCGGUUCAGGGGGCCAGUCCCUGAGCGGCGGCCAAAGGCAACGAGUGGCGCUUGCUCGUGCUCUGGUGCGAGAUCCGAAGAUCCUGAUCCUGGACGAAGCGACGGCUUCUCUCGACUCGGCCAGCGAGCAGCGCAUCCAAGCAGCUAUCGAUAGGAUCGCGGGAACCAGGACGGUCAUCUCAAUUGCACACCGGCUCUCCACCAUCCGCAAUGCGGACAACAUUAUCGUCUUGAAGGCAGGCGAGGUGGUGGACCAAGGCACUUACGACGAGCUCAUGGCUCGACCGGGCCUGUUCGCCGAAAUGGUCAGUCUGCAGGCACUCAACAAUUCACAUUCACAUCAACAGAUACCAAGUGACGCACCGUCCAGCUCCAGCUCCAAGGGCAACUCUCUCGAUAUUGUGGCCGAGAAGAUCGAGACAGAGUCGGCCAUGGGCCAUCCUCGCAAAGCCGAACACUCCCCUCCGGGCAGUGACGACCACGCGGACUCUGACGCUGCUUCCACGUCGACCAGCCUAGACUCGACACUGUCUCCCUGGGCGGUGAUGAAGGGCAUGGGCCGGUUUGUCCGUCCGAACCUGGGCUGGCUGGUGGUGGCCAUGUUCGCCGCCUCCAUCGUGGGUACAACCUUCUCUGCAGAAGGGCUGAUUUUCGGGCACGUUGUCGACGCGCUCAACCCCUGCAACACCACCGUCCAUCGAGUCUUGCACAUGGGCCAGCUCUUUGGCGGCAUGCUCUUCAUGCUGGCCUGCGUCGAGCUGCUGGCGCACUUCCUCAGCUGGUUCUCCUUCGCCCUGGUGGCGGAACGGCUGCUGUACCUGUUGCGAGUGCGCUCGUUCCGCGCCUUGGUCGAGCAGGACAUGGAAUGGCACCAGUCGCCCGCCCAGAGUCCGUCGACGCUCCUCUCUGUCAUCACCAAGGACAGCGCCGCCAUCGGCGGAUUCAGCGGCUCGACCAUGGGCACCAUCUUCUCCAUCCUGGUCAACUUUGCCGUCGCCGUCAUCAUGUCUCACAUCAUCGCCUGGAAGAUCGCCGUGGUGUGUCUCGCCAUGGUCCCGAUCCUGCUGGGGUCUGGCCUCAUGCAGCUCUACACCUUCUCCCGCUUCGAGGAACGGAAUUCCGAGGCCUUUGCCGAGUCGGUCGGGAUCUGCAUGGAGACGGUCACGUCCUUCAAAACGGUGGCCACGUACUCUCUCGAGCACGAGAUCAUGCACACGUACCGUCGUGUGCUGAGUGCGCCGCGCAGUCAGAUCUUGGCCGCCAGUGUCUACACCAACUUCUGGCUGGCCAUCUCCAACAGCACGGGCUUUCUGAUCUAUGCCUUUGCCUAUUGGUGGGGGUCGCGCCAGAUCAUGAAGGGCGAGAACACGCAAGAACAGUUCUUCACCGUUCUGAUGGCCAUGCUGGUCAGCGCCCAGCUGUGGGGCCAGAUGUUCAGUCUUGCCCCUGAAGUGUCUCGCGCUCGAGCCGCCGCCUCUCGCAUUCUGAGUCUGAUCGGCGGGAGAAGCUCUGAGGACGCAGCACUGAACGACCCGUCACAGCACAAUACCAAUACCAAUACCAAUACCGGUGACCCCGACGUCGAGAAGGCGGGGGCUGUUGCUGUUGGACCACCGGCUUCUAUUAGAAGUAGCCCCGGAGCCAGCGUCACCUUCCGGUCCGUAUCCUUUGCAUACCCAUCCAGCCCUACCGUGCCCGUAUUGAAUGGUGUGUCGCUGUCGAUCCAGCCCGGCCAGUUCUGCGGGUUGGUCGGCCCCUCCGGCGCAGGCAAGUCGACCAUCAUCACGCUGCUACAGCACAUGUACCGGCCAUCGUCGGGCAGUGUUGAGAUCGACGGCGUGGACGUGUCGGAGCGAGACUUCCGCGACGACCUGGCUGUGGUUCCGCAGGACAACGCGCUGUUCAGUGGCACCGUCAAGUUCAACGUCGGCCUGGGGGCGCGGUCUGGUCACGAAGCCAGUGACGCGGAAAUCCAGGAGGCCUGCAAACUCGCCAAUCUGCACGACACCAUCAUGGCCCUGCCGCAACAGUACGACACCGAGGUUGGGCCUAACGGCUCGCAGCUGUCUGGCGGCCAGCGUCAGCGGCUUACCAUCGCACGUGCCCUGGUACGCCGGCCCCGCCUGCUGCUGCUCGACGAGAGCACCAGCGCCCUCGAUGCCGAGACCGAGCACGCCCUGCAAGAAGGAUUGGAGCGCGUCGUGCGUGAGUCUGGUGUUACCGUGCUGGCCAUCACCCAUCGUCUGCACACCGUCAUGCGCGCCGACAAAAUCUUUGUUGUCGAGGGCGGGAGGAUCGUUGACGCCGGCUCACAUGCCGAACUGAUGCAGAGGAGCCAGAGUUAUCAGUCGAAUGCCCAGACUCAGAUCCUGCGGUAG